CGGCGAGGGAUGUGGCCUUUGAGGGGCAGAGGCUGAACCGCCCCGCCCGCCGCGCAUCUCUCCCCGCCUCCGCCGGGGCGCCGGCCCAGCCAGAUUCCCCGCCCCGGACGCAGCUAGGAAAACGCCGACUCCGCCGCAGGAAAGUGAAUAAACUUAAUUGAGAAUGUCUGAAAAUCUUGAGAAGACCAAUAUAAUUGAAGCAGGAAAAUCAAAAUCAAAUGAUUCUGAACAAGGCCUUGAAGAUGCCGUGGAAGGUUCUAAUGAAGCUUUACAGAAAAAAAAGUCAGGCUCUCCCAGCACCCAGAGAGUGCAAAGACCUCACUCCAGUCCUCCUCGCUUUGUGACAGUAGAAGAGCUUCUAGAGACGGCAAAAGGAGUCACUAACAUGGCUCUAGCCCAUGAAAUUGUAGUCAAUGGAGACUUCCAGAUUAAACCUGUUGAAUUACCAGAAGAUAGGGCAAUUUUUUCUGUGUUGGACCUAAUGAAAGUGGACAUGGCGAACUUUGCUGUCAGUAGCAUCAGGCCACAUCUCAUGCAGCAGUCAGUUGAAUAUGAAAGGAAGAAGUUUCAAGAGCUUUUGGAGAAGCAGCCAAAUUCCCUGGACUUUGUCACCCAGUGGUUGGGAGAAGCCGCAGAUGACCUUAUGAAUCAGACGUAUAAAAAUGCCCUGCCAGCUGGGGGAGGGGCCGCUGGAUCGGGGGACAGUCCCAUGCCUAGUCCUGUUGCUGUCCAGAAUUACGCGUACCUGAAGCUUCUGAAGUGGGACCACCUCCAGCAACCUUUCCCCGAGACAGUGCUGAUGGACCAGGCUCGCUUCCAAGAGCUCCAGCUCCAGCUGGAACACCUGACCGUCCUGGGGGCGGUGCUGCUGGUCACGUUCAGCAUGGCUGCCUCAGGUGUUUCCAGCCAGGCCACCUUCGCUGAGAAACUCAAGAUGAUCGUGAAGAUCCUGCUCACAGAUAUGCAUCUGCCCUCCUUCCAUCUGAAGGAUGCCCUGACGACCAUUGGUGAGAAAGUCUGCUUGGAGGUGAGCAGCUGCCUUUCCCUGUGUGGGUUCACCCCCUUUACCACGGACAAGGAGAUCGUGCUCAAGGGCCAGAUCCAGGCGGUGGCCAGUCCUGACAACCCCGUCCGCAGGAUCAUGGAUUCCCGAAUCCUGACCUUCUUAGAAACCUACCUUGCCUCAGGCCACGAGAAGGCAUUGCCCACAAUACCUGGGGGAUUGGGUCCAGUCCACAAAGAGCUGGAGGAAGUUGCUAUUAAAUUUGUUCGUCUGGUCAACUAUAACAAGAUGGUCUUCAGUCCCUACUAUGAUGCAGUCCUCAAGAAGAAGGAAGAGGGAGAGAGAAAAACUGAUGUGAGAAACAUCCAUCUGCUGCUCCGACUGGAAAUCAAACUGGCAACCUUUAUAUGCACAGGACGGCAAUCAACUGAGCCACACCAGCCAGAGCCAAGUUUAAAUUUUAUUGGAUUUAAUGUGGUAACCAUAAAUAACUCAGGAAUUUUUUAAAGUUAGGACAUAAGGUAUUGGUUUUCAAAUAAAACAAGUGGGAUUAAAGAUGUGUAUUUGAGUCACUGAUUUAAUUUCUGAAAAACAGCCAUUACCAGGCAGAGAAAAGGAACAGAAACUCAGAGUGCUUGAGAUUAAGAGAAAGGAUAAAAUCACAUCUAAAAAAAUCAAAGAACACUAAGAAAAAAAGAGAGCUGAUAGAUGAUUUACUGUUAUGCUGCUAAAUAAGUGUAACAAUUAUAAUAGACAUCUAGUAUCAAGGAAAAUGAUUUACCUAGUUUUUCUUAAAAUCACUUUUCAAAAACUGGAUUACAUUUCACUACUUUUUGAGCAAUGUGCCUACUCUUCCAGUAUUUUUCUAUCAAUAGAUUUAUGAAUGCGGAUAACAACACAUUUCCUUGUUCCAUAAAACUUUUAUAGUGCAUUCCUCAGACUAAAAUACCAUGUUUUUAUCCAAAUAUGCUAUUCAAACUCUCAAUUUUAGAUCUGAAAUUAUUUCAAUUACAUUAUGCAAUUCUGCCAUUGAUACUUUUAAUCAUUGUAUCCAAUAAAAUCAGCAUUUGUAUUAUGAGCCAAUUCUAGUUCUCUCAAUCCUAUAUGCAUACGUUAUUUCUACUUUUAAUUUAAAUGACUUAAUUGCACAUUCCUUUAAAAUGUUCAUCAAAUAUUCUCCAAGUCAUCCUUUUCACCAAAAUCAUACAUUUACUUAAUCUUUUCCUCUUUACACUUGGACAAACUAUUUUACUAAAUUCUGAAGCAAUUAAAAAAUCUCAUUGCCAAAAAAAA